UGAGAGGAAGAUUACGGAGGUGAGGAGGAGGAGGAAGAACCCCCCAACCCUAGCCAGCCUCACCCUACAACACUCAACUUCUCCGAUAUCAAUUACAACUCGGUGACAUGUGAUUGUAAACAGCGAGAACCACGAAAUUAAUCAAAUACAUCGGUUUAUGUUUAUUUCGUGUACCUCAAGUGCAUCCGACAUACUUAAUUUAUAGUGAUGUUAGAAAAUACGUGAAAUAAGUAGUACUUUGUUUCAAUAUUUUCUCAAUACUACAAUUGGUUCACUUCCGUUUUUAUUGGUGAUAUGAAAAUAAAAAGUGAACUGAUAUUAUUGAUUUUAUCCUAUGUAUCAAAAAGUGAAGUGAAAUAAUAACCUGGCAACACAAACAACUACCAAUAGUGAUAUAUUACCACCCCAGUGUUGAAGAGGAAGAAAAAUGGAUGUUUGGUGGUUGUGGUGGGGGGUGGCGCUAUCCCCGGCCUUCCUCAUCGAUCAGUGCCAGGCAGUGUUCGAAGAUGCGGAGAUAGAACUAGGCGAUUUCGUCGACUUCGGUAAGCUGAAUUUGAUGCAGUUUAGUCUGGUAGCUGUGUCGACGGUGGUGUUCGUGUUGAUGUGGGCUGUGGGCCUCAUUCCCAUGAACAUCAACCUCGGACGACGAACACGACGACACCCACACACCCUUCCAUCUACGAUGGACGCGUCAACAUUCAUGCUGGACUGUCCAAUGCAAUUUGUAUGUGAUGUUGACGCCUGGGCGAACAGAGACCACCAACACCUCACAGAGAGACUCAUCGCUUCUUGGUUCAGGAAUCCCAACCACACAUGGACGAAGCCCGAUGCCCAAGUGUUCGCCGGCGUAGGAACCUGCAAGGAGAUGUACCCAUGCCCCUUCAACGUGCAGGACGUGGUAGGAUUUCAUAUUCCCGGUACCAACCAACUUGCCAAUACCCAGGAGGACGCUUUGUGAACCAUCUAACCAACAUAAAGGAAAAAGGAAGUCCAGGUUCUUCUGCUGAGUGUGUG